UCCCAGUCUCCUCGGUCUAUCUAUAGGUUUUGGUCGGUGGAGCAGAGCCCGAUCCGAUCCGGCGGCGGCGGGAGCGAUGGAGGACAGAGAGAAGGGCCCGGCAGUGGCGGCGGCGGCGGGGGCGGGGGCGGUGGUGGAGAAGGUGAUCGAGACGGUGGAGGAGAUCGCGGGCUUCUCCGACUACCGGAACGCGUACAAGAGGCAGUUCUGCAACCUGGCGCGGCGGAUCAAGCUGCUGUCGCCCAUGCUGGAGGAGCUCAAGGAGAGCAAGGACCCCAUCCCCGAGCGGGCGGCCGGGACGCUGGCCCCGCUCAAUCGCGCGCUUGACUCCGCCAAGGAGCUCCUCCGGCUGGGGAGCGAAGGGAGCAAGAUCUUCCUGGUCUUGGAGAGGGAUAGGAUAUUGACGAGGUUCCAGGAAGCUAUUUCUCAACUAGAACAAGCAUUGGCUGAACUUUCCAUUGAUGAGCUUGAUAUAUCAGAUGAAGUUAAAGAACAGGUUGAGCUCGUCCAUACUCAGUUCAAGAGGGCCAAAGAACGGUUUGAUAUGCCUGAUGAUGAGCUUUACAACGAUCUUUUAUCUGUUUACAAUUUGAGCACCGAUGCCAAUGUGGAUCCAGCUAUACUAAGGAGAUUAGCAGAAAAGUUACAGCUGAUGACCAUAUCUGAUCUCAAACAAGAAUCAAUUGCAUUGCAUGAAAUGGUUGUUGCCAGUGGUGGAGAUCCAGGAGAGAUCAUCGAAAAGAUGUCAAUGCUAUUAAAGAAGAUUAAAGAUUUCAUGCAGACUCAGAACCCAGAAAUGGGCACGCCAGCAAUUCCCAAGCUUCUUCCCUUACAUGAGAAGUCCAAAGUUCCAGUCAUUCCAGAUGAUUUUCGCUGCCCUAUAUCGUUGGAGCUGAUGAAAGACCCAAUAAUUGUAGCCACCGGGCAGACUUACGAGCGGGAAUGCAUCGAGAAAUGGCUGGAGGCUGGCCAUGACACGUGCCCCAAGACGCAACAGAAGCUCCGCAACACAUCCUUAACCCCAAACUAUGUCCUUCGCAGCCUCAUAAGCCAGUGGUGUGAGGCCAAUGGCAUGGAUCCACCUAAACGCCGCACUCAACCUGACAAGGCCCUGUCAGCCUGCUUUGCAGGUGAGCAUGCUAAAAUUAUCGAACUUCUCCGUAAAUUAUCUUCCCAAAAUAUUGAAGACCAAAGAUUGGCUGCCGGCGAGCUUCGCCUCCUUGCUAAGCGCAAUGCUGACAACCGUGUCUGUAUAGCUGAGGCUGGGGCUAUACCUCUUCUUGUGAGUUUACUAUCUACAUUUGAUGCUCGAACCCAGGAGCAUUCAGUUACUGCUCUUCUAAACCUCUCCAUCUGCGAGGAGAACAAGGGGAAAAUAAUCUUCUCAGGGGCUGUGCCUGGAAUAGUUCACGUGUUAAAGAGGGGCAGCAUGGAAGCACGGGAGAAUGCUGCAGCCACUCUCUUCAGCCUCUCAGUGGUCGAUGAGAACAAGGUAACAAUUGGGGCUUCUGGGGCAAUCCCACCACUUGUUUCGCUGUUAAGUGAGGGCAGCCAACGAGGGAAGAAGGAUGCAGCAACAGCACUAUUCAACUUGUGCAUAUACCAAGGUAACAAGGGAAAGGCUGUGAGGGCUGGGGUGGUCCCAACACUAAUGGGACUACUGACAGAGCCAGGAGGAGGGAUGGUGGAUGAGGCACUUGCUAUACUGGCCAUUCUGUCAAGCCACCCUGAGGGUAAGUUGGCAAUUGGGGCUGCUGAGGCAGUGCCCGUGCUGGUGAAGGUGAUAAGAAGUGGGUCACCUAGGAACAAGGAGAAUGCAGCAGCUGUUCUGGUGCACCUUUGUAAUGGGGAGCAGCAGCAGCAGCAUUUGGCUGAGGCACAGGAGCGUGGGGUGAUGGGUCCAUUGGAGGAACUAGCACAGAGUGGCACAGACAGGGGUAAAAGGAAGGCAGCACAGUUGCUCGAGCGCAUGAACAGGUUCCUGGAACAGCAAAAGCAAGCUCAAGCACAAGCUGAAGCUCAUGCUCAGGCACAGGCACAGGCACAGGCACAGGCACAGUCACCAACAGAGCAGUCAAGGUCUCCGUCUUUGGCAACUUUUCUUGAUUUGUGAGGUAUCUUAUUGCUGGCUUGUUUGUAGAGGUGAGAAAGGGUGGUUGUUUUGAUUCAAAGGGUGGGAGGUGGAAGAUCACCUGCCAUGCUGGUUUGUAAGUUAUGUGAUGUUGUAAUGUUUUAGCUGGGGAAUGUAAUUGGAGGAAGGUUUAUAGAGCCUUCAAGAGUAAGGAAAUGGAGGGAUAGUCUUGAAGAGUAAACCGUUUGAAUGUACCAUGUCCAUGUUGUAAGGUAACAUCCUCGAUUUUUAUGGAGGAAAUGCCUCUGAUUGCUAAAAUGGGAUCCAGAGCCAGGAUAUCGCCAAAUAACAAUUUACGGACACUGAUGAAAGCUUUCAGAGAUGUGCUACUUUAAUUCAUUAUAUUUUCUGAACUGGAAUUUUCUGUUUGCCACAUCUGGCUUAAUAUGAUAGUUGAUUAAGCUUGCUUUUCA